ACUUCUUCUCUUUGGUCUAUCUUCAUCUCUCUCUCUCUCUCUCAGACAUUGAAAAAGGUGGAGAGAUAUGGAAUUGCUUUAUCUCCUCUGUUCGAUCCUCUACUCUGCACUCACUUCUUUCUUACUCUCUCUUCUCCUCCCAUUUCGCUUCCUUCUCCACCGUCUCUUCCCCUCACGCUUCGCCGUAGAUCCCAAUGUCUCUUUCUACCAAGGCACCGUAUGGCACGACCGUCUCCGUCCUGUACGCCACUCGUUCCGUUACUCUGUUCGUUACGCUCUCUUCGACCUCGAUGAAGCUAUCACCACGCCUCCGGAUCAUCUCUCCGCCAAUGAAGCUCGCCGUGUUUCUCGCACCACCGGGCCUAUCUAUCUGUUGACUAUACCACCAAGCGUUGGGUAUGAGCAAAACCCAUUGAGUUUGUAUUACUGCUACGACUUGGAUGGAUCAAGUAAACGCUUGACUAAAUGCAUUGCUGAGGUUACAAAUACGCCAUGGGGGGAACGAGUGACAUUUGUUUUCGACCCUGAAUCUGACUUGGUUGCUAAAUCAUUACAAGUCAGUCCUUUCAUGGAUAUGCUUGGGAACUGGAAAAUCAGAGCUAAUGAACCUGGAGAGGAGUUAUCUGUCUCCAUUGAAUCGAAGCAUCCUCAUCUCGGUAACUAUUUCUCUGCGACAUUAAAGGCGAAAAGAAUACCGAAAACAGUAGUGUCUAAUCCUGCAGUUUUCUUCUGGUUGAUGCCUCAUAAGGUUGCGAUAUGGAUUUAUUGGCAUGCACUUAAACUGUGGUGGAAGAAUGUACCUUUUAUCCAACACCCGAGAUACUCGAACCCAGCAUAUAGAGAGGAUUCAGCGAAACGUGAUCAAGAACUUCGUUGCCGCGGGUUAGAUGGGUUAAAUGCGGACGGUUGUAGUAGUAGUAGUAGUAGUAGAAGUUUUGGAGGAUGUCGCUUUGCAUGGCGAGAUGCUAAUUGGCCGUGGUCAUGAAUACAUACAUACACUCUUACGGUAUAAAUUAAACACACCAUCCUUUUUUUUUUUUUUUGACAAUACACACCAUCCUUUCAUCUGCUAGUUUGUGUGUUUUCUCUUUUCUGGAAAUGUUCAAGAACAGGUAUUAACACUAAUAUUCUUCACACCCUACUCUCUAUUCAUACCUGAAAAUGACAACAAAUUAUGUUCUUUCACAUCCUGAAAUAUGAAAGAAAUCAUUUUUUACGUCUA